AUGGCCUGCAACCGCCAGACAGCCAGCCUAGAGAGGUCUACCAGUACCAUCGGUAGUGGGGUGGUUGGGCGCCUCAAUCAGGCCCAUUUCCAAUCAUACCGUCGAUCUUUUUACGCCUCCCCCGCGAUUUCUGGACGACAUAUAGUACUUGCGCCAAUUUUAGUCAGUCCAGCAUUAUCCCUCGGUGACAUAGACCACCUGCCUCUUCCUCCCGCUCCGUUGAUCAAGUCGCUGAUUGUCCCUUUCCUGUGCAAUGAGCGGUACGAUGGCGGUGACUUCGAGACGUAUCCGUCUCGGGCAGGUUGGCAGGUGCCUGAGGCUGAUAGCCCUUUUCUCCUUUUCCGCCGCGACCAACAAGUCUAUGACGAGCGUGAGGUUGGCGCGUUUCUACAGACAUGGCUCUACUUUGGUCUAUUAUUUCAGAUCACUGGUCGCCAGGUUGAGCCUGCUCUCUUCCGCAAGACGACGCCUACUGGCACUCCACAGUUUUCGUCUGAGCCCCUCACCAACAUUGUUAGCGACUGGUCUGUCGAGGCGCUUUCGCACCUGCCCAGAAUGAAUACCAGGCAGUCAGCCCAUCGGCUCGAAGCCUGGGUUGAUGAAUGCUACUCUGUACUGAAGAACGCCGACGAUAUGCUUGACCGCAUUGUCGACGCAUACGAAACGAGGGAGCACACCAUCAUCAGCCAUGUCGGACUUAGCAUCGCUGCUCUAGGCGAUUAUCUAGGUCGUACUAUUGCUAGCAUUGCUCUUGAAAGAGGCUACCACGAUGAGGACUUUCCUGCAUGGACGCUCUCGGCGUCUCUUUCCCAACCUGUGACGCAGAGAAUGCAGCAUUUCUGCCCCAACAGAAUAUACAGUUUCAUUAGCAACGGCAUCGGCGCAGGAGCUUUAUGGUAUGCUGCGAACCUAGAAACCCCUCAGGUGCACGAUCUACAUUCAACUUGUAGCGCUGAACAGUGCAACUCACCAUUUGUUGACCCGCAACUGUAUAAGGUCCAGCAUCUAGACGAGGCUUGCAAUUGCAACUUCCAAGAACUUGCGACCCCUUCGCUGCUUAAUACCGUCCAAGAAGGCUCUAUCGCCCUAUUCACAGUGCAAGAGACUCGAGGGAGAAUGACAUUAGCUUUGCAUAAUCAACGAAAGACUCCAACAUAUGUGGCGAUCUCGCAUGUGUGGGCGGAUGGUCACGGCAACUUGGACUCCAAUGCUCUUCCAUCGUGCUUCCUCCGCAAUCUGCAAGCGAACGUCGAUGCUUUAGGGCUGACACCGGGCACCCAGACACCAAUCUGGAUGGAUACUUUGUGCCUGCCUCGCCAUCCUCUUGAGCUCCGAAGGAAGGCUGUUCUGCGCCUCAGCGAUAUCUUCCGGCAUGCCGCUGGUGUUCUGGUGAUAGACUCAUACCUCCAGACACGAACGUGUGCAAAUAUGUCGGCGAUCGAGAUACUUGCUCGAAUAUCACUUUCAGGGUGGACUUCUCGUCUGUGGACAUUCUCUGAGGGCCGACUGGCACGGCAGAUCUGGUUUCAAUUCAGCGACACGGCGAUCAACCUCCAUCGAUACAUCAGUGCAUGGCAAGCGGAAUUGCGGGAAAACCAGAUUCCGUCACUUCCAUCAACCAAUGUGGCAUACCAGAUGACAAGCUUGUACACGGCAACCACCCUGACCCGCGACAGUGACGUUGAAGAGGAGUUACUGCAGCUUUCGCAGAUCAAGGCUGCGCUCGUUUCACGUCAGACUAGUUGGCAGAGCGAUGAGGCUUUGUGCCUAGGAGCGAUCCUUGAACUUGACUUGUCAGAGAUUAUUGCAGCCAACGACAGUCAGAAAAUGGCUGCCUUGUGGCGGCAGAUGCCACCAGCGUAUCUACCAAUUGAUCUGGUUUUCACAAAGUUCUUACCAAAGCUCGACCUGGAUGGGAUUCAUUGGGCUCCGGCCACCCUGUUAGGCGGCUCAAAUCAUGGUCUUACAGCUCUACCAAUGUACAACUUCGCCCUCUACGCGACACCCACCGAGGAUGGCCUUCUGGUUGACACGCCAUCAAUGACAUUCGAUGCUGGAUGCUCAAGCGAUGCAUCAUCUUUAGCAUCCAGGCGGAAUCUCAUCCAAAUCUGCCGAGAUAUCCAAGAAUUCGAGGCGACGAGGUGGGAUUUUCUCCUCCAAGACCAGAACGGAGCUUGGUAUACCUGCUUCGUAACGGAUCUGUGGCACCAGACCCCACGAGAGCCCCUCUAUCGGCAAGAAGCCCCCGGAAUAUUACUUCUCGUCGAGGAACCGAACGUCACCGACUAUGAUCUGCUUAUCGGAGCAGAGAGCGACGAUGACAACAGUGAAAAUGAGCCCGAGAGACCAAGCUAUCUAGGGGUUUUUGUGACCUAUCUCCCAUCUGCCGCAACUCCUCGAGUCAAGGCACACACUCAUGUCAGUGUCAACAUGGUACCCCCUGAGCACUGGGCAUACUUCGACGAAGCUGUGACCUGUGCAGCCGGGUACAGGAGCGAGCACCAGGAGCUCCAGGACGAUGGAAUCGAGAGCGAGGACGACGAAGACGUCGUGGACGAGUUCCACGACAGCAUCAGGUCGUGGGUGGAGAGCUACCCUAGGCUUUCGGAGCUCUUGGAGCUUGAGAGCCACGCCGCACUAGACGACGACGAGCGCCAACAACACGGUCCUCUCGACAAGGAGGCCUCUCUUCUGGAUGCGGUCGGCUGCGUGGGCUAUUUCUGUCUUGUGGGUGACUACUUCAAGGUAACGCUGAGCAACGAGGCGACCACAUGGUGCGUCGAUUGAUGCGUUGAGCGACAUGGCCUUUCGUUCAGGCCUGUGAUCAUGCUGAGCAGCACCGAGCUGGACUUGACAAAUGAAUAUUCCACCGUUGAGUCAGACAAAUGCAAUUUCUUGAAUUUGGUGCGAGCAAACCGCAACGAGGCUGCUUAAAGGCAGCAAAUGACAGGUUUUGAGCCCUUUCAGCCUCAUGGUUCUUCAGAGGAUCUGCGGCGUCAACUUUAAGAUCGGCGAGACUAGGGAAAUAGUCGAUCAUUCUCUUGGCUCAAGGUAUCGCCGGGAUCGAAUUUAAUGCGUACAAUACUUUGUCGCCAUUGCCCGUCUUGCGC